GAAAUUCUCUCAAGAAGUUAAUAAAAGGUAAUCACUUAUAAUAAGCUGCUUAAACUGUGGUCUAAUAUCUCAAAAAUAAAUAUGAAAAAUUUCCGCUGUUCGUUAAGGCUAUUGCUUUAUGUACCCCGUCAUUUUUCUUCCAGUAUCCUAUCGCUUCUGGAUUGUAUUUUCCGGAACACUAUAAACAGCAUUGGAAAUUUUUUUCCUGAAAGCAGUCACCCUCUCCUAUUACGGAAUUUUUAUUUCGGAAGCUUUUUAUGGGGUGGAGGGAGAAAUUUGAUAGUCUCUGUUUACUUUAACCUUUUUUUAAUUUUUCUUACUGCACCCUUACAGGUUUUGAUAAAAUGAACAUUUUACUCUCUUCUUUGUGCCCAGCCCUUGUACCUAGUGCCGCACCUCUUUCAUCGCACUUCCGUUUCUGCCGUUUCCUUUACAAAGAGGUGCAGAUUCAAAAUUGCAGCUUUCUCCCUCAUCGCAAAAAGUGCAGCUUUCACCUCCUUUCUUAUCCACUAAACUCGUUAUAAAGCUCCUUCAUUAGCCACUCCUUCCCAAGCUUGGUGGUCACAUGCCGGCGGCUUCUUGGAAAUGGGUUGAGAAAAAGUGAAAAGUCAACUAGAAACCAGAAAAGUCAACCAGUCAACCAGAAAAGUCAACCAAUCAACCAAAAAAAGUCAACCAGUCAACCAGAAUGCAGAAAAGUCAACCAGAGUGUAGAAAAAGUUGUGCUGAGCAGUAAUUACCGCUGAGCGCCACUUUUCAGGUGCCGAAAUCACCGCUGAGGGGCAAAAACAGUAGCUGAGGGGCAAAAUUGAAGACCCACACUUACCACUAAGCGACAUUUUAACUUUGUGUGAUUUUUUAUUAACUUUGACUUGAUUUGUAUAUUUUUAUCUUUUUGAUUUAUCUUUUUUUUUUUUUUUUUGUAUUUCUAAUUUUAUUUGCUUUAUCUUUCUAUUUUCUAUUUUUUAUCUUCUCUAUCUUUUUGUGCUAACAAUUGUUUCUAGGAACUUGUCUUCUUGUGUAUGCAGGAAGCAAUUCGAACAAGAAGCAAGAAAAAUUCAGAACCUCUUCUUGAAGGCUUGGACGAGAGUAGACGGAGGAGAAGAAUCCGUACAUCUAGAGAACUCUUCCCUCCUCUAGAAACUCUUUUACAACCUUCACCACAAAGGUCUAACCAAAGCACUGAAGAUAUGGUUGAUGAGAAUAAUGGUAGACGCACUCUUGCAGAUUAUACCACUGUGGUUGGCCCUCAACAUUUUAAUAGUAUAGCAAGGCCAAGGGUCAAUGCUGCAAACAUGGAGGUGAAACCAGCAUUGAUACAACUGGUAAAGAGUAAUUAAUUCAAUGGGCUAUCACAUGAAAGUCCAUAUGAGCAUCUCACUACCUUUAAUGAAAUUUGUAACAUCGUGAAGAUAAAUGGGGUGCCGGAUGAAGCAAUCAAGCUUAGCUUGUUUCCUUUCUCAUUGGGAGGCAAUGCUAAGUUAUGGUUAAACUCUUUUCCAGAAGGAAGCUUUACAGAGUGGGAAGCUGUGGUUGCAAAGUUUUUAAACAAGUACUUCCCACAAUCUAAAGUCAAUAAAGGGAAGCAAGAGAUAUCUUCUUUCAGACAAGGCAUGGAGGAGACAUUAGGUCAAGCAUGGGAUCGGUAUAAAAGUUUGUUGAGAAAGAUUCCCACGCAUGGGUUUGAUGAAGCAAUAGUAGUCCUACUUUUCCUUGGAGGUCUUGGUUCACAAACUAAGUUGAUGCUAGAUGCCUCAACUGGAGGUAAUAUCAAAUGGAAGACUCCAGAGGAAGCAACAGAGUUGAUAGAGAACAUGGCUACUAAUGAUAACGAAUUACACAAUGAAAGAGGAACUCCAAUUCAAUAGAAAAGGGUUCUGCAAUUGCAAUUAAAUGAUGCCUUGCUUGCUCAGAAUAAAAUCAUAACUCAACAGUUUGAGAGUUUAACAAAGACGCUUGCACAAUUGCCGAAGGAGCUAAAAGGAGUUGCACAGGUUCAACAACAGAUGUGUGAACUAUGUGGUGGUGACCAUAUUAAUGGUCAAUGCGCUUUUCCACUAGAGGCUUUGGAAGAUGUAAAUUUCAUGGCUAAUCAAUUUCCAUACCGCCAAGGUAAUUACAACCAAGGAUGGAAACCUCACCCAAGCAUGGGUCAAGGUCAGGGACAAGCUUAACAAGCUGGGCAAUCAGGGCAAUUUAACAGACCACAGCAACAACCAUCAUUAUGGCAACAAAUGUCUACACUCAAUGAAAGAUCAAUGAAGUUGGAAGAAACUCUUCAAUAAUUUAUGCAAGUAACCAUAUCCAAUCAUAACAACACUCAAGCGACCAUGAGAAUUAGCUAAGAAGUUGGAAGAAAUGCCUGAUAAGAGUUUUGGGGCUAAUACUGAGGUUAACCCUAAGGAAGAGUGUAAAGUUUUAGUGAGUGUGGAUAUUGAAAGAGUUGAGUUAGAAAGGAAAGAAGAAAAAGAAGAGAGAAAAGAAGAGAGAAAAGGAGAGGAUGAGAGAAAAAAUAAAGAAGAGAAGAAAAGAGAGGAAAAUUUGAAAAAAAUUGAAAAAAUUCUUCCUUAUCCAACAGAGUGUGAGAGAAUAGAAAAAAAGAGACAAUUUAAAGAUAUCUUUACUCAUGCAGAUGUUGAUCUACUUGUGAAUGAAGCAUGGCAACAAUUUUCAGCUCAGGUAAAGCAUAUGGAGCAAAUCUACAAAAGAAAAAGAUAUAUAGAAGCGGAGAUUAAUGAGUAUAAAGUUGUUAAGAAGAAGCCAAUUCCUCCAAAAGUGAAAGAUCCAGGAAGUUUUACCACUCCUUGCGUCAUAGGGAAGGAAAAGAUAAGGAAAACCCUACUUGAUUUAGAGUCAAGUGUCAAUGUGACGCCCUUAUCUAUAAUUGAGCGAAUUGGAGAUCUUGAAGUUAAGCCAACAGAGAUGACUUUACUAAUAGCGGAUGGAUCUUCAAAGAAGCCUUAUGGUGUAGUGGAAGAUGUUAUGAUUUAUGUAGGAAAACUACAAUUCUUGGUGGACUUUGUGGUGAUGGAGAUGGAGGAUGAAAGGGUUCCUAUUAUUCUUGGAAGACCGUUUAUGAAAACAGCCAAGGUCAUCAUUGAUGUAGAUGAAGGAAUGGUAGUGCUUCAGGACCAAGAAGAAAGGGUGAUUGUUGAUGUCUUCAAAGAGGAGCAGCAGAUGCAAAAGGAAGAGGCUAGCCAUAAAGCUACAUAUCAAGAUGUACCCAUGACUAGCUCUACAGAUACAAAGCCGGACUUCAAAGGUAAAAAAUAUUUCUUGUCACAGGUUAGGGAAGAAGAAAAAGAUGCCAAAGGAAGAACGAUUCAUGAUGACUUGAUGCACACACAACACCAACUUGGUAAACAUGUAAGAUUCAAAAAGAAGUUGUGGGUUGUGAAAGACUUUAAAGAGGAUGGAGUGAUAGAGAUUGAAUCUCCACUUUCGAGAAGAGUCAAGAAGGUGGACCGGAAGCAGCUGAUGAGUUGGUGUGAUGACAAAAAAAUGAACACCAACAUUGAAGAUGGAACGUGAGCUUUACUGGGUCAAGCUAGUGACGUUAAAAGAGUGCUUGCUGGGAGGCAACCCAGUGAUUUGAGAACUUUUGUUUUUGGUUUGAUGAUGUAAUUAUGAACUUUCUUUACUGUUGUUUUAGUUAUAAAAUUUUUACAGGGAUUGCAUCUAUUGAAGGAUGUUAAGUGGAGGAGUAUCUACUGAAGGAUACUAGGUGCAAUUGCACCUACUGAUGGGUGCUGGAGGAUUUUGGGUCAGGCUCGUGACGUUAAACAAGCACUUACUGGGAGGCAACCUAGUAUUCUAAAUUAGUUAGCUUAUUUGCUUAUGUUAGUAGAAUAUGGUUGAUGUACCCAAUUUGAAACUUGUCUGUUAUGAUGGUUUGCUUGUGACUGUUGUGUGAUAAGUAAUGCUUGAUGAUGCUUUGAUAUUGAUUGAUGUUGAGAUUGUGCACAAUAUAUGCUUAUAUAGAUGGUACACGAGCUUUGUGAACAAAUGCAUGAUGUUGUGAUUGUGAUUAUGGCGCUAAGCAGGAUGUGUAUGUGGAAUGAGAAUGAGCUUAUAUGUGAGGUUUUGAGCUCCAGAGUUGUUGUGAUUGAAUGCUAUUACUUUGAAAGCAUGAAUGACUUUGCCCAGGUUUUCCAUGAUUGAAUUAUUUUCUUGUUUGCAUCAUAUGAUCAAGGUCAUUUGUUGGUAACCCUUUUGUUAGCCAAAUGCAUGAUUUUAGCCCAAUUAAAGAGAACACAAUGUCUUAUAUCCUUUGAACCCGUAACCUUGAACAAUAUAGAAAACCCUUUUUGAAUUUUUUUUUACCUUGAGUUAAGUUGAAAACAUUUUGUGGUAUUGAUAAAUGUUCAAGUUUGGGGUUGUUGGGAAAUUUAAAAAGGGAAAAUAAAAAGCAUUGAGCUAAAAGUUAAGCAUGUGAAAAGCAAAAGAAAAAGGAAAAGAAGAAAAAGAAAAGCUCAAUGCAAAAGAAAGUUGGGAAUAAGUAAGAAUGGUUGUGUUUAAAUGAGGAAAGUAUGAAUGACUCUCUUAACUUAAGGAUUUUGUGAUCCAGAAAAACCAAUUUUUCUUCUUAGCCCAGCCAUAUUACAAUCCAUAGAAAAGUCCUUGGGAUGAUAAUUGCUUGUGAGUAUAUUUAAUUAUGGUUAAAUGAAAUGCAAAGUUAAUUCAUGUGACAUUGUGAUAGUGGAGUGAAUGAGUGACCUCUUAUACACUUAUGUGUUUGAGUGAAACACUUUAUCUGGUGAGGAAAGAUUCCAUGAUUAAAUCUUUGCUUGGUUAAUUGAUCAUUCAUGAGCAUAACAUCUGUUGAAUAUUCUGUGAUUAUCUGAGCACCACAAUGAGCUUAAUUGAGUCAAGGCAUGUAUUCAUCUUUACUGAUAUUCUUUAUGAUAAGCUGAUUUGAGCAAUUACUUCUCUUAAAAGAAAAGGUUUUGAAAUGUGUUGAAUCAUUGCAUUGAUUGGUUGAAAGCUAACUUACAUCUUGUUUGCUUGAGGACAAGCAAAGUUCUAAGUUUGGGGUUGUGAUAACGGUUGAAAAACCGUUAUUUUUAUACUUAAUUUUGAUAAUCAAUAAACCUUUUUUGACUUAGAAACUUGCUUUAACUCAUGUUUUUGCUUUAGUUUUGUGAAUAAGAGAGUUGAAGGUGAAUUUAAUGGUUUUGUGCUAGAUUCCUUUGAUUUUGUAGGUUAUUGGAAUGAUUUGAAAGAAGAGUUAAAGUAUCGAAUGGUUGAAAUGCAGAAAAGUCAACCAGAAACCAGAGAAGUCAACCAGUCAACCAGAAAAGUCAACUAAUCAACCAGAAUGCAGAAAAGUCAACCAGAGUGCAGAAAAAGUUGCGUUGAGCGGUAAUUACUGCUGAGCGCCACUUUCAGGUGCCGAAAUCAUCGCUGAGGGGCAAAAACAGCAGCUGAAGGGCAAAAUUGAAGACCCGCACUUACCGUUGAGUGGUAAUUACCACUGAGCGGCGUUUUAAUGAGCCUUGGGCCACUUUUAUGUAAUUUUUAGAAAGCUAUGUAAGGUUUUAGUCGACCUACGUUAGACAUCUUUGGCUGGAACGAAGUAGAAACACACUCUUUCACCCCUUGGAGGAGGACUUUGGAUGCUAAGGCUCCUUUCUCACUUUCUAGGGUUCUAUCUUUUCACUCUUUCAUUGUAUUUGAUCUAGUUUCACCAUGAAUAUGGUGAACUAAACCUUUAUUAUUGUUGGGGAAUCAAUGUAAUCCUUUUAAAACUCUCAUGUAUUGAAUUUGUUCUUCAAGAUCUUU